UGCGGCGUCGUUCCACGUCGCCUAACGUUACACUAAACACGCCAUUCAUUCACACUCCACUCCCUGGAAGGCAUAAUUCAGGGAAAACGGAAGUUGCUCCGAUCAACGUCCACCAGUUCAGACUGGCAUUGCUUCAUACGAGCACUUUGGUAGAAAAAAUUUAAAAAAAAGACAUAGUUCAGUUAUUUCACGGUAAUAUUUUAAGCGAGAACCGAUUGAGCACACAGAGCAAGGGAAUGUUUUAUCAUAUAUCUCUGGAACAUGAAAUUUUACUUCAUCCGAGGUACUUUGGCCCCAACCUUCUAAAUAGCGUCAAGCAGAAGCUGUUCACUGAGGUGGAGGGGACUUGCACCGGGAAGUAUGGCUUUGUCAUCGCAGUGACCACCAUCGACAACAUCGGUGCAGGUGUGAUGCAGCCGGGCAGAGGUUUCGUUUUGUAUCCAGUCAAAUACAAGGCCAUCGUGUUCCGGCCGUUUAAAGGGGAAGUGGUGGAUGCGGUCGUGACUCAAGUUAAUAAGGUUGGUUUGUUCACAGAAAUUGGACCCAUGUCUUGUUUCAUCUCCCGUCAUUCCAUCCCCUCAGAAAUGGAGUUUGAUCCCAACUCUAACCCGCCGUGUUAUAAGACAGUGGAUGAGGACAUUGUAAUCCAGCAAGAUGAUGAGAUCAGGCUUAAGAUUGUGGGAACUCGAGUGGACAAAAAUGACAUUUUUGCUAUUGGAUCUCUCAUGGAUGACUAUCUAGGCCUUGUGAGCUGAUCAGCCUUGGAGGAUACAAACGUAAUCUGUUUUGUAUGGAAGUACAUUUACUAGCCUGUCUCAGUGUGGGUUGCACCUCACAGAAUUAUUACAUUUUUUUUAUUUACAUUUUUGUGUUGUUUUUUUUACGUGGGCAAUUCUGGUGACUUGACAUCUAUACCAUGUGAUCGCUGUGAUGACUCACUUAUAGUUUUCAGGUAUGUUUUUCAACUCUGUAUUGUUUGAUUGUUGUGACGUUCAACAUAAUAAAAUGGUCGUGUUAUGUCUGUGCUCCUUAGGUGGCUUUGUAUUAACUUGCUCAUUUUAGACUUGUUUAUUUUUUUAAAACCAAACCACCGCCUGCCACCAGCGGACAUGUGACCAGUCGUGGUUUAACAACAGAUUGUACACAGAAAAAUAAAAUGUUCACAAUCAUGAUUGAUCCUGCAUACGUGUAUGAAUAUAUAUGAUCAAUGUUGUUCUGCCAAAUUGCUAUGAUUAGCUGACAUAACUAGUGCAUGUUCCUGUAAUGACCGUAUAUAACAUGCCUGUCAGAGCUCCCGUUUACUCUAGGAAACUCCAGAAUGCAUAUAAUAGUAGUAUAGAAUAUUUUCUUGCACAUUCCCCCUCCUUUAACGUCGAUUUAAACAAAUUCCUGGCUGU